AUGGAUCAUCCUGAAGGCAUCUAUCUCCGCAAAUACCAGCCACUUUCCGCCCUUACACCAGGGUCUCAGUCAGAUCGGAUUUUUUGGUACCAGGACAUCAUACGGGCGCUUCUUCACCUCCACAAACUUGGUAUCUCCCAUUCGGACAUACGCAAAGAUAAUAUACUCUUUGAUCAACAAGGCCACGCUCUACUUGGUGAUUUUGGCGCCAGUUGUCCAUUUGGACACCCCAAUCCUUCUCUUCCGGUUCUUUUCAAUGGACCGUCAGAGACUGUCUCUGAUGCGACAGAUCGAUUUGCUAUGGGUUCACUGAUCUACGAACUGGAAACUGGAGUCCGGUCGGAAAUAUCCUUCGACGAUCACGACGGCCUUAUUUUACCCAAGAUCCAUACAGCUCACGAUGGCCUUGACUCUCUGAUCGAAAAUGCUUGGCGCGGACAGUAUGAUUCUACAACAGAUAUGCUGAAGCAUGCGGAAUGUCUCAAUACUGUCCAGGACAGUCGCGGGCCAGUUGAACAUCCCGUUUCCAAGACAGAAUUAAUUGCACGAAUCGCGCAGUGGAGGAAGAACCGGGCGCAGCAACAUGGUAAUUUGGCCAUCAAUGAAAAUGACACGAAGGAACCGGGCCAACAAUGCAUACUAGGCUGUGUCCUCUAUUCUUUACCAACUGAGCCUCAGCUGCAAAUUCUAGCAGAGCGUUAUGGCUGGAGUAUGGAUGAGGAGCUACGUUUUCGUGAUGACAGUUUCAUUUUCUCUAGGGGUGAAACCCCUAGCUGA